CGAAAGUGUAAGGGAACCAGGUGGAUUCUACCGACAAGUUCCCUUAAAAGACUACUGUCAGGUACUUUUGGGCGCAUUGCUGCUUAACUGAAAGUGAAGGUGGUUUUGGAGUUUGGCUUAAAUAAUGGAGUCUUCUGAAGACAGUAUAGAAACUAUCUUGAACAUCAAAGUAAAUAUCACUCGUGGAACCAACAUGCAUGGAAAAAAAGCAGGAAACCUCCAAAGUUAUCUCCGGGUGGAGGUCAACGGUGUGAUGGUGGGAGAGUCUGAAAGGAAGCCAGUGGACCCCGCCGCCCAGUACAUCGAGUAUGACUACGCCUGCAGCUUUGUCUGCUGCGAUGGUGUGCUGCCUCUCAGUGACAUCCCCCAUAAACCAGUCAUAGUGACCGUGAUAGAGCUUAUUCCUGAGAAGAAAAAGGUGGAGGCAAAAGUAAUAAUCCUUGGCCAGGCAGUGAUUGACCUCCUGCCGCUGCUGGAAGGGGAGUGUAGCUUCUCAUCCUCAGCUGCUGUGCAUGUAACAAAUGCCCCCGUAGAAAAAGGGGCUAUCCCAGGGGUCAACACUAAGCACCCGUUUCUGGAUGUGUCUGUGAGUGUGUCAGCUCCAAUACUGACCGAAGAAGAGCUUUCGAUUUCCAACCUAGCCAAGGUAGUUUUGGAGGCUGCCUACUCUCUCCCUGAAGCGUUCAGUCAGAGUUCUGGGCCUUCAGCCCCUCCAUACAUAUGCACUGCUGCAAUGGAGUUACCAACUACUGCUGAGAAAGAUCAGUUCUUAUUAUUCACUGAAGGCCAGCUGAAGCUGGGCGGGCACAGGGAAGAAGAUGGCAGACAGAUGAAGAGGCCGCACCAUGCCCUUCUGGCUCCAGGGAACCAAUUCCUGCCAGGAGCCUUUGUCCACACCCAACCUAUUGAUAUUGAAGAUGGCGAGCUUACUGGCUUAAAGGACCGUGAGUUCCGUAAUGAAGCGGAGACCUUGCUGAACAGAGUGACCUGGGAUAUAGAAAUGACCUGUUUUAUGGAUGCAAGCGGCGCUAACAGGCUGCGUCAGAAGAUCACAGAGAGCCGAUUCUGGCCGCUUGAGAUCAUGAAGUCGGGAGCUUCCAAUGACAAGCCGGGCGCCGCUUCCAGGAUGACAACAGAGGAGGAGCCACAGAUCCCCUCCCAUGGUGUGGCCUUUAUCGACUUGGGCCGUUUGCUGUAUCCAGGAAUUAGCCGUAUCCGAGGAGCGUACCAAAUUCAGCCCUACUCAACCACUUUGUUACUUCACAAGGCCAGGAAAGGUGUAAGUUUGUUAAAAGACUUUUCAAAGCCCGGAGGCAGCAAAGACCGCUCUGGCACAACUACAGGCUCUUCAAAGACAAAUGCGGGAAAGACCAAGGAUGCAAAGCCGUCGCAUGCUGUUAAGGGGUCUGUCAAUCAAAGUCUGACUGAUGUGAGCACAGUUGAUCUGAUUCCUCCAGAUAAAAAAGCCUAUUUGGACUCCAGAUCGUACAUUGUAAUUGACAUUUCCCUGAAGAAACCACUAGUGGCCAGAACAUCUUCAGAGGAGCUGGCAAGAAGGGUAAAAGCACUGAUCCCCCCAAGGCUACCUCCAGCAGGACCUAACCGAGCUGAAAGAGCAGUAUUAAACUUUCACAAGCAGGUGGGCAAUGUGGUGAAGCAUAUUUCGGAGCAGUACGAGGAGUUGUUUGGAGCAGGAUUCCAAGCAUCCAUGAGCUGCGACCAGGACCCGAUGAUGGCUCAGCUGAUGGGCGCUCUCAAUGUCUCCGGGAAAUACUUUGCCUUCAAGGAAAAACUGAAGCCUGCUGUGGUGAAGUUUGUGCGUGACAAGGUACAGCAGACGGAGUCCUUUACAGAGCAGCAGGAUCUGCAGGAGUUUGUCAGCAAGCUGUACGUGGACCUGGUGGAUGAGAUGCAUGUUGCUCUCAACAAAAUUUAUUCACGUGCCAUUGAGGAUGAUCCAAUUAAUGAGAUCCAUUUGAGCAUUUACCAUCUUACACAUUUUGCCCGAGAGGCUCAGCUCAUGAGGGAUUAUCCUCUGGCUGUUCGCUACUACCAGGAGUUGGUUGUGAGGGAGCCCCGUGAGCCCUCCCACAAGUUUGAAUGGGGGGGCCUCUACAUGCAAACCGGAGAAUACAUGACGGCGAAAAUGUGUUUCCACGAUGCCGUGGCUCUCCAACAAACACACCUGCCCAGUCUGAUGAUGUGUGGAGUGCUGGCAGCGUUGUUUAAUGACUUUGAGCAAGCUGAGACUUUAUUGGAGCGAGCCACAAACAUAGAGCCUUUGGAUUUGGUGGCUUGGACCUUGCUGGGUCUGGUCCAAGACAGCCAGGGCAAAUCCAUCCUGGCUGAAAGGGCUUUCCUGGAGGCUAAAAACCAUCUGAAAGCAAAAGAAGCCAAUAGUCAAACAAACAAGACGGAAGACACGGAUGUGGAUGAGGAAAGUGAAAAGCUGGUGGAACAGGAAGAGGAAAAGCCCGCUCCACCUCCUGUUCAGUCUCAGGCCAUCAAGCAAACUGACACUGACAGCGGUGACCAGGACACUUUGAUCAACACAGAGACGGAAGAAAGCAAUGUCAGCUCCAAAUCCAUCUUCACUGAGACUCUUGAGUUUCUGCUCCACAACUCUGCCCUGGAGAUGGCGGAGCUCGCGCUUUCCCAGGCGCUGUCUUCAGGGGGCGAUCACAGUUUUCAUCUGGCUCGCGUGCAGUUGCUCAGAGCUGACUAUUAUAACGCCGCCGUCACCAUCAGGGAUGCGCUACUUCAGGAAGAACCGGUUGCAGAUAUGUGGGCUCUAAAUGGACACUGUCACUACUUCUCCGGGUCGUUCGCUGAUGCGCAGGGGUGUUAUGAACGCAGCCUGGAAUUCCUGCAGCAGCCAUCAGACACCCACAUUGUGCUUCUGCGCCUGGGCUCCAUUUAUCUACAGGAAGAGAAGUUUGAGCAAGCAAAGUUGGCCUACGUCCGAGCCUGUGAAACAUCUCCCUCCUGCCUUACCUGGUUGGGCCUGGGUAUCUCCUGUUACCGGCGAGGGGAACUUAGUCUGGCUGAAGAAGCUUUGACGGAGGCCAACCACUUGAACAACCAGAACGCAGAGGUGUGGACCUACCUGUCUAUGAUCUGCCUCAGGUGUGACAGACUUGAGGAGGCGGAGUUGUUCUACAAACACGCUCUCAAGUUCAACUUGAAGAGCACCGAGCUUCAAAGGGAGGUAAAGGAGCUGCAGGAUCAGGCUCGGAUCGGUUCUCUGGCAUCAUGCUUCCAACCAUAUUCUUGACAUGUUGCUUUAAACCCUAAAAGCAAAACGCAUUACCUGCUAAGAUCCAAAUAACAAGUGCAAAAUAGCCCAUGCAAAGUAAAAACUGAGUGUGCUGGUGAUCUACUAAGACUGCGUGUGUAAUUGAUAACCCUGUUUAAAUGAGGCGUUUGCGUGUAUAUCGGCUGUCACCAUGGAGACACUCAUUUCCCUCCAUAUCCAUGACAUCAUAUGCUCCUACGGUCCAACCUGUGCUUUUUUUGUUAUGUUGUGGAAUAUGCAGCAAAUAUAAUAUAAACCACCUUUUUUUAGAUAAAUAACCCAAGGUGCAUUCUGGGAGGCGCCGGUGUUGUGAUGGUGCGUCGGAAAUAAUCCAGACACUAAACAAUGCAUAUUGCAAGAGGGUUUUUGUUUCCUUUUUUUUUUUUUUUUUUUUUUACAAAGUAGGUACAGUACAGGCCAAACGUUUGGACACACCUUCUCAUUCAAUGUGUUUUCUUUAUUAUCAUGACUAUUUACAUUGUCGAUUGUCACUGAAGGCAUCCAAACUAGGAAUGAACACACGCGGAGUUAUGUACUUAACAAAAAAAAGGUGAAAUAACUGAAAACAUGUUUUAUAUAUAUGCUAGAUUCUUCAAAAUAGCCACCCUUUGCUCUGAUUACUGUUUUGCACACCCUUGGCAUUCUCCCGAUGAGCUUCAAGAGGUAGUCGCCUGAAAAGGUUUUCCUAGUUUUGAUGCGUU